AUGGCAACCGUCAAACCGACAUGGAAGAAGGUUCUCUACGCGCCCCAGCCGUACGAGGACAAUCACGUGGACGAGACGUUCCUGGAACAGAUGCGGACGAAUGCCAAUGUGCGCGAGCAUGACUACGGGGACAUGGUCCGCUCGGCUGCGGCCAUCUCCCAGCAGAUCUGCGCUCUCUUGAUCUUCUUCUCUAUGUUUGAGUUCGUUCGUCAAGGAACCAUCUCUGCCGUGCUGCUAGGCUGCAUCGAUGUGUCCCUGGCGGUCGCGGGUUUCUCCGUGCUUCGUGUUCACCUCGUUCUACCGCUGCGCACGGUGGACACGCUGAGGUCCUGUCUUCUCUUCUGUGCUACACUGUCACUCGUGUCGCCAGUGCUACGGACGCUUACAAAGUCGUAUGCAAACGACACGAUCUGGGCGCUGGCAACGUCUUUAGGCUUGCUGCACCUCGUCACGCAUGACUACAACUAUGUCAACUCGGGCAUUGGCCGCUUCAGCGGCACGAUCUCGCUGAACGCCGCCAUCUUCACGGCGGUGCUGCUCGGCUCGCGGCUACAGUCAAACGAGCACGUGUUUGCGUUCGUGUUGUUGGCCAUCGAGAUAUUCGCCAUGUUUCCAAUCUUUCAGCGCGAGAUCAAGCGCCAGUCGGAGCGGUUGCACGUCAUGACGGCGGUCGUGCUGUUCGCACUCUCGUCGGCGCUGACCUGGCAGCUGUCGGAGCUGCUGAGCGUGUUAUCAGGUGCCUUUGUGUGCUUCUUGGCCUUCGGGUGUCCGCUCUGGUUCAUGCACGUGCAGGAGUCUAAAAACGAGAUUCUAGGUCCGUGGGAUAUCGCGCAUAUCCAGCCAGAGCAGUAG